CUGUAUUGCAAAUGGCGGCACUUGUUAUUGUUCCAUGGCGUUGAAGAUACGAGCAAACUUUGAGUGAUUCUAGUCACCCACAAAGGUGAGCAUAUGCCGUCGUGGUGACGAUGGGUCCUCAAGAGGACUUUGUGGAGACGGUCUUCACCUGUGAAGGAGACAUUAAUGAUCCUGAUCUCAAAAACCGACUUGAAGAUUUUAGAAGUACUCUCAGAGAUCUUUUGUCUACAGAUAAAAGGAAAUUAAUUCUAAAGAAAGUGGAGCCCUGGAAUAGUGUGAGGGUCACCUUUAACAUCCCUUUGGAAGCAGCUAGGAGGUUAAAGCACUUGGCACAGCAAGGAGAUGCUACCCUCAAACAACUUGGUGUUUUAGCUGUUCAGCUUGAGGGGGAUCAGCUCAUAUCCCUUACUAUAGCUGGUAGAAAUAAUGAACGAACCAAGUUAAUAUUUAAAACUACUAGUGAUUCUGUCAGUGGAGCAUCUGCUGUGAUUAACAAGGGACCAUCCUCAGGUCAAGCAGGAGAUUUCAAUGGACCUGGUACUAGUGAAGCUACCAGAAAAAAUAUUGCCGACUAUCUCAAACAGGGGUCCCAGUUACUAGGAUUAAUACCACCACAGCUUGACAAUAAGAGGAAUGCUAGUCAGGACAUAUUUGGUGUAGAAAAUCCCACCAGUAAGACAACCAUACCUAUUGGUCCAAAUCCAUCACCUAAAAAUGGUCCUCAAAGUGUCCUGGAACAAAAAAGACAUUUGCCAACAAAUAUGGAUCAUCCAGAGUUUCCAAUGUUCUUGGACAAUCACAUGAACUUACCUCCACCUCCACCUUACCCUGGGAUACCAGCUACUAGCCCAUUGCUUGUGAAUUUAUUACAAACUGAUGCAAUGGCAAACUUUAUGAAUAGUAAAAUGUUGCCUCCUUCAGACACUAGCCCACCUCCUAAAAAGAAACGCAAACCCAGGAAACCAAAAGAUAAAAAUAAGACUGCAACAGUCACUCAAUCUGAAAUGGAUCUAGCUAACCAGAGUAUUCCGAACCCAGCUUUGGGACAUUGUGGUUUACCAACAUCAGGAAACAGUUCCAAUAUGCCUUCCAUGUUGAUUACUCAAGCGCUCCCUCCUAGUUCUAUGCCAGUAGUGACAUGCAGUGCAUUACCAGAGCGGGCCAUGCCCUCUGUUCCAGCAAAAUCAGACUUUCAUCCAAACAUGAGAGCUGGUGUAAAUCCUCAGAUGAAAGAAUUCAUGCUUGCUAAAAGGAUGCAUAACAAACAGACUCAUCCUGACAAUUCAUCAGGGAAGAUCAUUAACCCCUACACUGGAAUUCUAGAACCUGUCGAGAGUUCAGACUCCAGUCCUUGUAAAAGUGAUAAUUCUAUGGAUAGCUUUUCUCCCAUGAAAAAAGUUUCUCCAAAGGACAAAAAGACAGUUGGCCUUGCAAUGUGUACUUCUUCCAUUGUUAACUGUGUGCCAAGUGCUGUUCCCUCUACAGACAGAGUUAGAAUUGUUCACGGGUCAGGACUGAAUAGCGCAGGAUUUUCAUCUAGUCUCCAUAUUCAAAGUGACAGUGCUGGGUAUCCUUUCUUAACAUCAGCAAAUCCAGCGGCUUUAGUUCAUCCUGGCAUAACUACAACAGCUGCUAUCAGUGCUAGUUCCCUCCAUGUGUCUACAUCUCACACCUCUGUCCUCAAUGAGUCUCAGAUCAGUAGUAGGACAGGUGUUGUGAUGCAGUCAAUAAAGUCAAGUGAAAAUGGAGCAUCUGGCUUGAAUAAACAUUCAAAGUCUGUUAACUCUUUACAUGAAACUAAACUUUCAGAGACAUCCAUCCAUGAACAUUUACCUGAAGUUAAAGAAACAUCUAUUUUGACUUCUGUUGCUAGUGCAAAUACUGACCCAUUGCUCAAUAUUUCUCAUUCAAAUCCAGCCAAAAAUCCUCACCUAGGCAGCCAGCUGGACAGUCCAGGGGCAGACUCAGAAAAUUCCAAUAACGGUGGUAUGUUACAUGACUCUAAUAUGCAAAAUGAGUUGGGUGCUGCUAACACAGUUUGCCAUCUGGAAGGGAAAGCAUACAAUCAUGAUUCAGGGGUAGGAAGUUCCUCUGAAAGGUCAGAUGACACUCCAUCAGAACCAGGGGAUGACCUCAAACUUGUACAUUCAGUAGUUGAGGAAAACAUUAAAGUUUCUGAUGCAUUGCUUAAAGUAUCUGCAUCCAAAAUUGUGACACAAUCAAAACUUGUGACAGAAAAUUCCUCACAAGGAUUGGAAAAGACCAACAAAAUAGUGAAUUCAAGUGAAAGCUUAAAAGUGCAGAGCACUUUGCAUAAGAAUGUAAACAUGGACCUUACUGUGGGAUAUGCUAUGUCAAACUCGCAUGAAAACAAACUUCAGAGUGACAUAUCAGCCAUGAUGACCAUGGACAAAGUGUUAAGUCAUUUCACUGACAAAAAUGUGUACAAUCAUAUAGGUAAGAACAAAACAAACACAGUCCUUCAUUGGUCGACCACAGAUAAAUUUAUAUCCAAUCAGAUGGAGACCAAAAAGCACCCUAUUCCUAAAAGCCACACAUCCAGUGAGACGCACAAACACUUAGCAGCACAUCUGUUUCCUAAGCAGCACGCUAACCAGCACAAUAAAGUAAAGCGGAAAGUGGAGCAUCCUUUUAAUCCACAAGCACACUUCUUUGCUGACAUUGAGGGACCCUAUCAUCCUAUGGUGUCAAGUAAUGCUAACGAGGCUGUGCUUCCAAGCAAUAUUGAUGUCAGUGCAGUGUCAUCAUUUUCAUCAUCAUCUAGUGUGAGUCAACUGCCAGUGCCGAAUUAUAGCAAACAGUGCGACAUUGGAAAUUCUGCUGUAAGCAAAGUUUUGUGCAAUAGUGAUCUCCAUCCAAGUGUACAGUAUUCAUCUGGGUUUGAUUCUAACAAUUCCUUAAAUUCUGUGAUGUCCAAAGACCUUCAGAUGCAAAGAAAAUACUCAAAAAGUCCCCAGGAGUUAAAAGGAAAGUUAUCUAGCUCAUCAACAGCUAAUUCAGUACCCCAUCAAAUGGACACAGCUGUGUCCACUUUUACAAUGGGAAAUUCUGUGGUAGAGAAAAGACUUUGUGAUGUGUCUCAGGGAAAUGUGGAAGGAAGUGUGUCAGCCACACCACUAACAUCAAAAACUGUUCACUCAUCGGACUCGAGUCGGAACGUGACCAACAUGUAUCGACGACGGUCUCCCACUGGGCCAGGCACUACUUCACAUCAGCAGCAUUUUUUGAAUCCAGGGUUACCAUUGGCUAAAAGCUUAACAGAGUCUGUACAGAAAGUAGUGAAAGCCUUACCAUCUAUAGAAAAUUCUUCUCUACCUCAUCAGCGUAAAUCUCCUGUGAAUUCUUCAUGUAAAGUCUCAUGCUCUUCAUCACCAUCAAAGCCUGCCAAAAUUAGUGAGAGUAGAAAUUCCUCUGGUUUAGACUCUUUAACAAUAAAACAGACAAUUCCUUUAUCUUCAGCAGCUGUGAUUUCUGAAACUGACUUGUCUAAUCCUGGAGACCUUGUUAAUUCACUCCACGGCUUUAAUGAGCAUAGUGCAUCUAGUCAGGGUAUAGAAAAACUGUUACAACUACAAAAUAGUGCUCCACUACCAGUUUUAGAAAUUGAAUCUAGUCAUGAAUUGGAAUUCAGCAGUGUGCCAGCAGAAAAUCACCUGGGUGUUGAAAUUGACUGCAAACAAAAUUUUCAUGAUACAAAAUCACAAAGUCUUCUCGAUAAGUCAAAACCAAGUUUACAAGACUCUUCUAUAAAAGAUGAAAUAUCUAGUAGUAAAGUUGAAAACUGUGAUAGACAAUUUGAACUGAAAACAUGUGAGCAGUCAGCGCAAAGACUGCAACCUACUGACAGUUUAAAUAAAAAUAUCUCAAAAUCAGUUACUUUUAAAAGAGACACAUCUGGUAGUACUCCUAUUAGUGAACCCUUUGGUAUCAAAGAAUCUCAGCAAGAGACUCAGAAUCCAGGCUAUUCAGAAAAGGAUAAUAUGAAGAUGGAGUCUCAUAUGAAAGAUGAAAAAUUAAAACUAGAAACACCAGUUAAGGUAAAUCAUUCGCAGAGUAAACCUGAUGACACAAAGCAGUUGGAUGACACAAAUCCAGGUAGUUCUAGAAAUACUGACACAAAACAGAGUCCAAAAUCAAGUUCCAAAUCCACAAAAGGAAAUGGGGAUGUUAUUUUCAAAUCAAAACGACUGGAGUUGGAGGAAAAAAACAUGGAAGUGACUGUUGUUACAAAGGUGAAGCCAUCUGAACAGAGGCAGCAGGACAAGUCUGAGCCCACAGUGCCCCCAAUCAUUAUCAGAGUGCGAAAAAGUGCUGAAUCCAGUGAUGCUUCUAAAGGUAUUCCUGAAGUAUUGGCAGCUAACACUGAGGAAUCUCAUUUGUCUAUGACAUUGAGGGGUAAAAGCACCUCCAAGAGUCCUGAAGAACCCCUGCAUAACCUUCGGCAUUCUAAAGCCCAAAAACAGUCAGUUGUGGAGCAGUCUGAUAGUAAAUCUGACAAAAACACUGAAAAGGAUUCAAACAAAAAUUUAAUAUCUGAUGAUGAAUCACUGAAACGUAAUCUAAGAAGGCGGAAGUGUGUCACAAAUGAUGGUGAACCUGAGGCAAAGAAACCACUGAUUGAGAAUGAAGAUGUGGCAAAGCAUACACGCUCCAAUGACCUUAAAGAAAGUAAUACUGCUAAUGUAAGCAGUAAAAAGACUGAGGCCCCUAUUCUCCAGAAAAUGGACACUUCCAAAGGUGAAGAAGAAACAGAAACUUCUUCAGUGGUAGAUGGUGUGAAGUCUGGUUUAAGAGCUCGGAGUAAUGCUAAAUCAGUUGAGGAGAAACAGAAAGUAUCUGGUGUAAAAGAAGUGAAGAAAUUCAAAGCAGAGGAUGAAAACUUCAUCAAAAAUAAACAAGUUUCCCGCCAAAAGAAACUCUCUCCUACUGUUCCUGCUGAAAAGACUCCAGCAAGUGAGAAAAGUCUCCUCUCCGUGGCAGUCGAACCAGAGGACAGACAUUACCAAAUGCAGAGGAAGACUUUUCUUAGAUCAAAAUGUAAAGGUCCAUUACCAGCAGCAGAAUACAUAGACCUAUCAAAUUCUGAAAUAGUUGUAAUAGAGAAGUUAAGUAACUGUCCAAAGUUGCAAACACUUACUUUAAGAGGAAAUAAGAUUUACGAAGUAACAAAUUUGGAAUGCUGCCCUCAAUUGUGGAAUAUAGAUCUUAGUAGUAAUGAGAUUAAGAGUUUGGAUGGACUAUCUCGUUUUGUUGCAAUAGGAACAUUAAAUCUUUCUAACAAUGACUUGACAUGGCAUGAACUUGGGAAAAUUCGACACAUUCACAUUCUGAACCUCAGUCUCCAUGGCAACAGUCAAAUGGAAAAAGAUCCAUACUAUCGGAUUCACCUGAUAGACUGUCUGCCAAAUGUGUGGAUGCUGGAUGGCCGUAUAAUUACAUCUGCAGAGAGACUACAAGUCAAGCACUUUUUUCAAGAUUCAGCAUUAACGUCAAAACCAAUAAGACACAAAUUGUCCAAAGAAUGGUUCAUACCCACAGCCAGAAAAAGAGUAGAUGUCAAUGGUAUCUAUGGACCAAAGGCCACCAAAGUCAUGACCAGUUUCCCAGCAAAUGGUGUGCACAAUAUAGAGAUUGACAAGAAAAGACUGAAAUACCUUGGCUACAAUAUUCAGGAGGACUUGAUAAUAGACAAAAAGUACACAAAUAGAGAGUUCCAGGUGAUGAAAUACAGAAGUAACUUUAUUGAGGAUCUGUUAGAAGCUCGUCCUGAUGACAGAGAGAGAUGUAACAUGCUCCUGUUAUUUUUGGUGGCUUCCCUGGAAUUUGUUUUACCGACACAUCUUGUGAAGGAAACAUUGGACACAGCCAAACUAAACAAGAUUGGACAAGUGUACUCCAUGGAUCUUUUCCUGUUACCAAGAGAUGUGAGGUGUCUAUUAGUGUGUAUUUUACUGGGAGCUGUCAAGAUUGAUAAAGAUGUCAAAGAGGAUGGAGGGUUGUAUGACAAAUUGUACCUGUGUCUUUUCUACACUGUCAGUGAGCUUGUCAAACUUAGCCAUGCCUCCAAUACCAAACACUCUGCUGUCAAAUAUAAACUCAACACACUAUACUAUGAUUACAAAACUCUACUAGCAUCAGAAGUGGUCCAGCUACUGUGUAUUGUUCCAGCCUUUUUCCAGUAUGUUGCCAAAGAUGUGGGUGUGAUGAACUUAGUGGUUACUGCUACUGGGGAUCAUGACAUCAAGCAAAAAAUCACAGCUGUAUCUACCACAGUGUCACAAGAAGGGGGGGAGGUAAGGAGAUUGUAUGAAGAGUUAUCUGAGCUCCUUCUACAGAAAGUCCAGGAACAGUCUCUGAAUAUCAGUAACAAAGCUCCAAAGAUGUCCAAGUGUGACGAGAUCCUCACAUCCAGAAAAGCCUUGCCAAUAAGGAAUUCUGGGUCAGUAGAAAUGGCUGAGUUCCAUGCUAAAGGGAUAACCAGUCCAGAAAAGGAUCCUCCCAGAGUACUCAGUGCCAAGAGGAGUGCUGAAAGAAAUCAAAAGAAAUUUCCCCAUCUUGGGGACCCUUUGCUUCUUGGACCCCAGACCCUUGGAAAGAUUGUGUCUCUGCCACAACCAUUUGUUGCAUUAGUGGCUAUGGAUUCUGUGCCAGUUGCUAACGGAGCAAUGGAGAGUAAACUGAAGGUCAGUGAGGAUCAUUAUACCUACGUAAAUAUGGAUCAGCUGAUGUGGGAUGAAGCUCUAUCAUUCUGGAAACCAAAGGGUGCUAUUGGAGACAGACUGACACUACACACUGUAGAAGACUUGCAACGAGAGCUAGAAUUAAAAGCAAACAUAGCAGACAAGACUCUGAGGCCCAAUACUCCAGACUGGAUAACCUCCAAUGACCCUAACACACCCCUCAUUUACUCCCCAAGGGUCCCUCCUGUUACCCCUCCAGAGACCCCCAAAACAAAGCAUUAUGAGUUAAUCAUGGGAAUUUUACCAGAUCGGCUUUUUCGUCAUGUUACUAUAUUCAGGUCCUUGAACACAACACCAAGACCUAUGUCUUCAGUUUUAAAGGACAAAUUGGACCUGAAGUUGGAAAUGAGUCGACGGGCCAUGUCCGCAGGAGGUGCACUGGAGCGUAACCAUCCACAUCACAACCAGGUUCAUGUUCCAGUAGAGCAGCAACCAAUACAUACAACUCCUGAACCAGAGACAAAAGAGACGAGUACAGAGACAGAGCCCCAGACCCAGAAGAUGGAACACGAGAUGAGUGAUGCCUGUCUACACUGUGCACUGGAGGCAGCCAUGACAGGAGACAAACACAAACAGGACAAUGAACAAGCUCCUUCUGCAGAGGGAGGACAAGAGGAGGCCAAGGAACACAUUCAAAGUGGAAAAGAAGUGGAUACCAGUGCAGAGGAACAGGUGUCCAAAACUGAAGUAAAAUCAGAGGAAUCUUCUGGACACCCCCAUCCCAGAGACCCAGAUAUCCCACCAGAGGGAGCAGUGAAAAGAAAAACCUCAGAGGAAGCCCUGACUGUCACAGGCUUGACCCUGAAGAUGCAGAAUUCUGGGGAUGACCUAGAGACAGCCAAAACCAGUGGCGAGACAUCAAGUCGUAAUGAGGUCAAAGGAUCAGGAGGUCAAGGGUCAAAUACCAGCCGACAGACCACACCUAGGAGUGGACAGAGACCUUCUUCAGGAAAGAAGAAUGUGAACACCCGACCAUACAGUGCGGUGGAUGCUUACAGGUAUAUUGUAGCUCACCCCAAGAAACCAAGUGUGGAGACUGGCUACAACACAUCAUACCAAAGACAGAGAACAGAGGCCUGGAAACAGACAACGGGAAAACAAUCAACAAUGGAGGACGUUAUUAAAGUUUCUGUGGUACCUGUUGUUUCUAAAACAGAAGGAAGGAGAAAGUCUCCCCCACCCCAGAGACCAUCCUCUCCUGCUGCCAUUAUUAGAAUCCAGUCAUCCAAUCAGGAUGGACCUACUAAAAGACCAUCCAGUGCACUUCAUGUCAAGGUGGGUUCUGAUUGGCUGGCUGGAGGUCGUGACCUCUUCUGGGAAAAUGUUCAAAGGAGGCCAAGAUCAGGUCAUGUCCCAGGGUGGAAAGAAGGACUUCCUGAAAGCAUGAAAAGACCACGAUCAGCUGUUGCUAACAGAACUCUGAGGAGAUCCAGAACCUCCACCCCAGUCACUCCAUCCUCCCUGUUGUAUGAAAGCAUGCUUCACGGUUACCCAACUCCCAAUGGAUCUCUCCCAGAAUUAACUGACCUCUCUGACUACCCCCAUCCAUCGGGCAGUCACCGUUUACGCAUGCUUGGUACCCCACAAGGGGGACAAGCGGACUUUUACACAAUUCCACCACACGAUACUAUGUACCGCACUGAUCACCAUACUUAUUAUUUGAUCUCGCCGUAUCUCGUUGUUAUUAUUGACUUUUAGCGGAUGUCACGUGACAGGUGCGAUUUUCGAGUUGACAACUGCAAGUUCCAUGCCGAUAGAUGGAUGAGAAUUUAUACUAACCUGGAUCCAAAUGCAGAGUAUCUCAGCCAAAUUUUGACCAACAUCAGGAACAACCCCAGUGGAAUUGAGACAGACCCCCGGUUGGCUGAUCAUAGUUUACAUGGGAGUUCAAGCUUUCAUGAGGCAGGUUUGGAAGGACAGUCCAUGUAUGCUGAAACCCUGAAUAGCUGGAAUAAUGUGAACAACUAUGAUCCUUUUGGAACAGGCGAUGUGUUGAAAACCUCUCAAGAAACUGCUGAAAAUGCUCAGAUUAGAUCCAAACCCUCGUACUCAGAUAUUGCUAAGUCUCUCAAAUCUAAACCAAUUCAGAGCAAAGAGAAGGAGGAAGUUGACACUUCAAAGAAGAAAAGCACUGAGGCUCCUGUUGGAAAGCAUUACAAAGGGUUUGGUCGUAGAGGUUCCCAUUUACAGAAACAACAUUCUAAGGGACAUUCUACUGUAGCUGAUGACAUGGAAUCCAAAGUGAAACCAAAUUCUAAAUAUGGUUUGGACAAUUUUGAUGAUGUAGGUAAUAAUGAGGCAGGUAAUCUCAAAAGUGAAAGUCUUGAGAGCAUUCCUGUGUUGUCAAGAAAAGGUAGCACUAGCAGUGUCAGUAGUGGUACUAGUGGAAUAGAAGAAAUUCAUCUAUCGAAAGGACCCACUGUAGGAAGUAAGAAAGACAACUCUACACUGAAGUCCAAAGUGGAGGGGAAGCAAGAAAAAGCACAGCAGUCAAAACCUGCUGAAAAACCUUUCUUUGAUCCAAGAAGAAUUUUUCAACAGAACAAGUCUUCGAAAGAUGCUUCAAAGAGCUCAAUGGAUACUACAGUCUUAAAUAAUGGUAAACCUGUGGGAAGAUCAAAAUCAACUUCAGAAAAUCACCGAAAGUCCUCAGAUUACAUUAAUAAUGACCUCAGAGAUGCCAAGAAAAGAACAAACCAGCCCAGCUCAAACAAAGAGGCAGAGAAAAAAGAGAAUUCUUCUAUUAGUGCAGUGAAGACUGACAAGAAACAGAAAAAUAGUUCAGUCCAGACUGAUCUACACAUGACAAAGAGAAGGUGUAAGAACACCAGAAAUUCUCAGCACCAGUACUCAUUUGAUCAGGAGUAUAUAGACGAGUGGGUAACUUACAUACUGGAGAAAACUAAGUCAGGGAUAGCCUAUCUGUGGUCGGCCCUUGUUACUUGUCUACUACUACUUCUAGGGAUAGUGGUGUAUUUAGUGACAUUUUGUGUUCACAUCAUAACAUGGACUUGGGGCAAAGUCUCAAUGGUUGUCAAGACAAAGUUAUUCAAAAAAUAUUUUGAUAAAUAUUCUACUUCAACCCAAGAGUCAGGGUCAAGAAUAGGACUUGAAGCAAAUAUAGAACUUCCUGCAACAGGUGAAGAGGCUAUGCAACGGCUUCUAGCUUGUAAGGGAAAAGACCCAUAUAGCAUUUUAGGAUUAAGAUAUGAGGUUACUGAUGAAGAAAUAAAGAGAUAUUAUAAGAAGCAAGCUGUGCUAGUCCAUCCAGACAAGAAUACUCAGCCGGGUGCUGAGGAGGCCUUUAAGAUUUUGGGACAUGCCUUUGAAUUGAUAGGUGAACCGGAACAACGUAGAAAGUACAAUUGUCAAAUGGAGGAAGCAACUCAAGCUGAAGCAGCCAUGAGAGAAUUUAAUGACCUACUUGCAAAUCUCCACGACAAGAUUCAAGAGGCAGCCAAUCUGAUGCGUUGUGAUAAUUGUGGAGGGAAACACAAGAGAACGCCUACUGACAGACCCUGGUACAGCUCUCGCUUCUGUAAACGGUGCAAUAUACGACAUUCUGCCAAAGAGGGUGAUGUGUGGGCAGAAACUUCAGUAUUUGGAUUUUUAUGGCAUUAUUUUGCAUGCAUGGAAGGAAAGAUAUAUGACAUUACAGAAUGGGUCUCUUGUAAGAAAGACUAUUUUAAGCAUAUGCAGCCGAAUGCCCACCAUGUGUUUUACAGAAUUGCUACUGAAGGAGGACGAGCUCCAAACAAUAAUCAACAUGGAAGAUCAGGUGAAGCAGAUUUAGAAGACUUUAUAAACCACUUAUUUCAUCAAGCAAUGAGCACAGAACAAAAUGGCAAUGCUCAAUGGCAACCUCCCCCCUCACAAACUCAGCCUCCCAGCCAGAGCUGGGGAGCAGCCAAUGCAGCAAAGAAAGGCCGGCGUAGGAAGAAAAAACAUUAGACACAACACUGCCUUAAUUAACUCUUCAGUCCUGUGUAUGUGGAGUUUUUUGUAGCAUUCUUGUCUCAUUCAUUUUAAUGUAAACAAAGGAAUUGUUGAAGGUUUCACUUUCUUUCUUUGAACAUAUCAGUUUAUUGUCACAGACUAAAACUGUUUUUCAUUCGUUAUCUUCAUGUAGAAAGCAUAAAGCUGAAACACCUGAUGAAAUGUUAAAAUACUAUAGAUCUGUGUAAUAAAGUUAAUUCACUGGAAUUUUGUAUGUUUAUCAACUUGCAAAUUUCAUAAAGAUGCUAGUGACCGUAUCUUAAUUUUUUGAUAAUAAAAAUAUCUUGCCAUGUAUUUCAUAAAUUUAGCAAAUCGGUGCUUUAAGAGGGAUGUAAUGAGGUGCCAAAAUGGGCGAACAGUGAAUUACAUUUUUUUUAACAUCAGGCCUAAAAUACUAGUACCGUUACUAGGGUACUUUACCUGGAUCAUGAUCUAUUGAUAGAGAUGGACAAGUCCUACAAUGGAAAAUUCUUGGACAUAAGUACAUAUGUAUCCUGACUUAUUGCUAAGCUUUUAAUUCCAGAUAACAUUGAUAUUGGUGUAUUAUAUCAGAAUGCAUUUCAGCUUUUACAAUUAUCAUCAUUAACAUAAAUUUACUUCAUGAUCUAAAUACUUGCAAACUUUAUGAAUGAAGAAAGUUUAUCAAGAUCUUAUAAUGUAUGAAUUUGAAUGUUGUACCAUAUACAUGUACCAGUGUUAUGUUGAUACAAUGUGUAUUUUGAAGACAGACAGAUUUCUUGUCUUUUUAUUACAAAUAGUUAUAAUGCUGUAUAUGAGAUGGUAACAUCUUUUCUGUUUAUUUCAGACGUACAUGUAUUUGACAACAAACUUAAAAUAAAUUUAGGUAAAUGAU